AUGUCGAAGGCCUCCGCUCCUGGUACUGCUAGCCGCACAGUGAGUGCCCGUGAAAGAGCUCUUGCAAUUAGAAAAGCGCAAGAAGACGCACUGGCUCGCCUGCCUCUCAAUACCCUAUACAUCGUCCUCUGGAUACGAUCAGAUCCACCCCAACCGAACGACUUUCACUGGGGCUACUACUCCCACACAAGCCCGCAAGGUGGACUGAAGUACCAUAUGAGAAACUUGGGUGCUGGGUGGAUACCAGACCAUGGCUCAACUGGUGGUGUAUUCAAAUCCAAUUUUCUGUGUGUUCUUAUUCAGAUCGCAAGCGUUCCUCCAGCGAAGCACAGCCAGCUUGACCAAGUCAUGAGGUCUCGCGAUCGAGAUGUCAAUUCUAUUCCUGGUGUCACAUGCCGUGUCUGGUUGGUGGUGGUCAUCUUGCAAGCGUUGAUUCAGGCCGGAGUAGUCCGUUGUAGCAGUGUUGAAGCAUUGCAACAGGAGUGCAUGGCUUUCGGAAAUCAAUACAGCGCUGGUGCUGCAACCAAUACCCAGCCGCGGCCCGUUGUCAGAUCGCGGAUGUGUCUUUGA